AUGCCCGUUACUCAGCACAUUCCCAAGCCGGGCAAUGAGCCCAGGGAUUCCAAGAAACCCCAUCGCCUGAUCAUCCGCCUCAAGCCAGUGGACUACAAGCCUGAGAAACCUCGUCUCCACGAUGCUACUUCUCAACGCCUGAGCCGCCGCGAGGAGCCCCUGAGUCCCUCUCCCGUUGCAGAUAGUCCUCAGCUUCGCCGCAAGAGCACCUGGUCAUCUGCCUCAGGCUACAAGCAUAUCGACAAGUACGCCGAAUUUUUCAUGAACGAUCCCGCUGUUCACAAGGACGUGCCACGCCUCCAGAACCAGUACCUUCGGCCCAACGCCAAGUUUGUGGGCGAACAGCAGAGCGGCGCUUACCGCUACGACAUCAAGGUUGAGCUCAAGAGCGUGGACUUGGUGAGCUCCAUCAACGAUAUUGACCACUGGAGGACGCUCACCCGGGCCUCCAGCAGCAUGUCCGAAGAGCAUCUUCUAUCAAAGUUGCGCAGCAUUCAUGCCGGGGACCUGGACAACCAGUACAUCUACAUGCGCUGGAAGGAGGAGUUUUUGUUGCCCGACCUGAGAAUCAAGCAAUUGAAAAAUGCUUCGUUCGAGGGUUUCUACUACGUGGUGCUCAACAUUGGUGGUGGCGCCAGCAACAAUUCGGGCGACUGCUUUUCCUCUCGCAUCAUUCCCGGCACCAUCAGCGGCUUGUACUACCAUACCCAGAACGAUAAGUUCCAGCUGCUCUCCUUGCGGUACGUGGAAGACAGGGAGAGCUCCUACACAUUUGACUUUGCCUAG